UCUGUCUCCCUGCCCAGCUGCACUCCUUUUGAUCAUUCACAUUUCCUCCAAAUGCAUGUUGUCUUUAAUUAAUUGAGUGUCUCGUGGAAAGCGAGGUGGGGGAGACAGGCAGAGAGCAGCUAUAGCUACACAAUUAAAAUACAAACCAAGUCCGCUGAGUUUACUGAAUGUAAGUGCUGAAGUGACUAAUAAACUUUUUUACAGUUAAUGUUUUGCUGUGAGAACAGACCCAAGAGCAGAGAUGAAGGACAUGGAUUUUGAAGAUGAGAAGUCCAAGAGGUACUGCAUAAAGGCAAAGCAUGUUGCUAUCAUCUGUGGCGUCGUGGUUGUGGUAGGUCUUGCCGUGGGGCUUGGCGUGGGAUUGAGCCGACCAGAAUCUUCAGGCGGAACAGACCAGCCAACAGACCCUCCUGUCCCAGAGGAUUUGGGUCCCUGUCCUUCUAAAAAUGAUGAGACUGGAGACUGGAAACAUUUUAGGCUACCCACUUACGUAAAGCCUAUCCACUAUGAUCUGGAAAUGAAGCCUGAAAUGGAGACAGACAUUUACACUGGAACAGUCAAUAUUUCUAUUGUUUUGGAAAAUUCUACCAGCAGCCUGUGGCUCCACCUGCGAGACACCAAGAUUACAGAAAUGCCCACACUCCGGAAAUCCUCAGGACAGCAAAUUGCUCUGAACGACUGCUUUGAGUACAAUCUUCAAGAGUACAUAGUGAUGAAGGCAGAAGCAGAGCUCCCUGUCACUGAUGAAAGUGAUCCCUAUAUACUCACCCUGAAGUUUCAAGGCUGGCUGAAUGGUUCCCUGGUUGGGUUUUAUAGGACCACCUACACUGAGAAUGGACAGACCAAGAGCAUUGCAGCUACUGAUCAUGAGCCAACAGAUGCACGGAAAUCAUUUCCUUGCUUUGACGAGCCCAACAAAAAGGCAACUUACAACAUAUCUAUCAUCCAUCAAGAUGAGUACCAAGCACUUUCAAACAUGCGAGUACAGCAAACUGAAAACCUGGGCGGUGGCUGGACUCGAACAGUUUUUGAGAAGUCAGUUCCCAUGAGCACUUACUUGGUAUGCUUUGCAGUGCACCAGUUUCGGUAUAUAGAGAGAAUAUCCAAAAGUGGAAUACCU